AUGAAGUGGCCGACUCUUCUUCCUCUGGCAAUCUCCACACUCUCUCUGCUCCCUUCUACAGGGGCAUGGAAAAUCACAUGGACCGACGCCGACAAUAAAGAGCACAGCCAAUCCGGCCAGGGCCCUAGCGACUGCAUCGUGAUUGAUAACCCCAAGGGCCAUCUCUUCAAGAUCGACUCCCAGGGCGAAUCGGGUAUCAACAUGCUUCUCUUCACGAACAACAAGUGCUCCGGUGAGGCAGCAGGCAUGGCGACCGAGUCGUUCUCUAAGGAAUCUUCCGAGGCUCUGCACGGAUUCAAGGUCGUGAGUCUUUCGUCAACGACAACGUCCGCAACUACCACGACCGAGACAUCCGUCAGCGGCGUUGCGACGACCUCCUCAACGACUCUGGCGAGUCAGACUGCCUCCACGAGGAGCAGCGGUGGCAGCGGAUCGACAACAAUUCAGACGACAGCUGCGACAAGCCCAGCUACGACAGGUCCAGCUGCAACAACGAUCUCUGAGACUUCGAGCGGCGCGUCUUCCCCGACUUCGAGUGCAGCGAGUACAAGCACGUCUAAUGCGGCAGUUCAACUGGCGGGUCCGAACGGGGAUGCUAUGAAGGGACUCGUGGGUAGUAUCUUUGGGUUGGCGAUGGUACAAUGGAUGAUCUAG